AUGUACGCACAAUUGCAAGAAAAAACACAAGGAAAACCUCUUGAAGAAGAUCCAAUGCAUUUAAACAUCCCUUCAACACUGAAUAACUCUAUUAAACUAUCUACAAAUACUAUGGUUGAUGAUGAGAUAAAUCCAGAAAUUCCAAUUCAAGUAUUACGUCUACGUCCAGGAACAAAGAAAGAAGUAUGUUCAGAUAUUUCGAUUAUUCCAAUAGUACCAUUAGAUCUUUCUGAGCCAUUUUCUUUAGAAAUGUAUUUAUCAGGGCUUAUUGCAUCUGAAACAUCACAUCCAAUUUCCGUAAAACGUGCCAAAGAAAUUGCAGAAACCCCACCAGGUGUGGAUCCAUGGAUAUGGGUUUAUGAAUUAGUACGAAAAUUAACUAUUGAUUUGAAUGUUUUGGUUGUUGGUAUGCUUGAAGAUUCAUGUUCUCCAAAGAAAUGUCCUGAAAUGAGAGCAAAUGAAUGGCAAUAUUUAUGUGCAUGUCAUAAUCCACCACAAGAAUGUGCGGCAAUCGAUUAUAUUAUACAUACGCUUGAUAAUGCAACAACAUUAUUAUGCUCAAAUAAAUAUUUUCCGUCAAAAAUGUCUAUCCCUAUUUCAUCAACUCGACACUUUUCAUCUAUUAUGCGUCGUUUAUAUAGAAUCUUUAGUCAUGCGUGGUAUAAGCAUUAUGAUGUCUUCUGGAAAGUUGAGAACGAGAUUUCUUUAUAUAGACGGUUCAUGGCUGUUUCUGAGCAUUAUCAUUUCAAAUAUGAACAUUCUGCAAUGGUUGACGAAGCAUAUUCCAAAGAAGCAAAAUGUAAUGAUCAUGACAUAAAUAAAGGACAUAAUAUCGACAACGACAAUCAACACUUUCUUGAUAAUUAUAAUAAUUAUGAAACUCCUACUCGUUUUUAUAAUCAUGAUAAUAAGGAUAAUCAUGAUAAUAAGGAUAAUCAUGAUAACAAGGAAAACAUGGACAAUAUAAAUACUCUGUUGUCUGUGUAA